AUGCCCCCGCCUAACGCGGAUCUCGCGACAACAUGGGCCUAUCUUGAGGAGGGUGUGGACCAUAUCAUGACCAAGCUCCAGACCGGUGUCUCGUACUCUAAGUACAUGAGUUUGUACACCGUGUCAUACAACUACUGCACGUCCUCCAAGAUGCAUGGGACGGGAGACGGUAGUGGCAUGGGACACCGUACGGGAGCCAACUUGAUGGGCUCUGAUCUGUAUAACAACCUGAUCCGCUAUUUUGUAAAUCACCUCAAGACUCUCAGAACAGCAUCCGACACGCUCCAGGACGAGGCGCUGCUGCGGUAUUAUGCCCAGGAGUGGGAUAGAUACACAACCGGCGCAAACUACAUCAACCGUUUGUUCACUUACCUCAAUCGGCAUUGGGUAAAGCGGGAACGGGACGAGGGCAGGAAGGGCGUUUAUCCCGUAUACACUCUCGCCCUCGUGCAAUGGAAGUCAAACUUCUUCCUUCAUGUACAGAGCAAACACCAGAAGCUCGCCGGGGCCAUUCUGCGGUUGAUUGAGCGUCAGAGGAACGGCGAGACGAUCGACCAAGGUCUUGUGAAGAAGGUCGUCGAUUCCUUCGUCUCUCUCGGUCUUGAUGAAAGCGACAUCAACAAGGUCUCCUACGAGGUGUACCGGGAGCACCUCGAGACCCCCUUCCUUGACGCUACCCAGAAGUAUUACCAGCAGGAGUCGAAGGCGUUCCUUUCGGAGAACAGCGUCGCAGACUACCUGAAGAAGGCCGAAGAGCGUCUGCGCGAGGAGGAAGACCGCGUCGAGCGCUACAUGAACACCAAUACCCGCAAGGCUCUCAUCAACAAAUGUGAACAGGUCCUGAUCCGGGAGCACGCGGAGCUCAUGUGGGACAGCUUCCAAGGGCUGCUCGACUACGACAAGGACGAGGAUCUGCAGCGAAUGUACGCUCUGCUUUCCCGCAUCCCCGAGGGUCUGGAGCCCCUUCGCAAGAGGUUCGAGGAGCACGUCAAGCGGGCGGGUCUCGCUGCCGUGCACAAGCUCAUCGGCGAGGGUUCCGGUGCUCAGGGCGCUCCGGAGGUUGAUCCCAAGGCUUACGUCGACGCCUUGCUUGAGGUGCACCAAAAGAACUCGGAGACGGUCACACGCAGCUUCCGGGGCGAGGCAGGCUUCGUUGCUAGUCUCGACAAAGCGUGCAGGGAGUUCGGCAACCGGAACGCUGCCACUGGCACGUCCACAACGAAGUCGCCUGAGCUACUCGCUAAGCACGCGGACGCGCUGCUUCGGAAGAACAAUAAGAUGGCGGAAGAAGAGGACCUCGAGGGCGCGUUGAACAAAGUGAUGAUCCUAUUCAAAUACAUCGACGACAAGGACGUGUUCCAGCAAUUCUACACGACGAAGCUGUCGAAGCGUCUUAUUCAUGGGGUGUCGGCGUCGGACGAGGCCGAGGCGAGCAUGAUCUCGAAGCUGAAGGAGGCGUGCGGUUUCGAGUACACCAACAAGCUUCAGCGCAUGUUCACGGAUAUGAGCCUAAGCAAGGAUCUCACGGACAACUUCAAGGAGCGUAUGCAGCAAAACCACGAUGACAUGGAUAUUACGUUCAGCAUCAUGGUCCUCGGCACAAACUUCUGGCCCCUCAACCCUCCCACCCACGACUUCAUCAUCCCGCAGGACAUCCUCCCUACCUACACUCGUUUCUCGCAGUACUACCAGCAGAAGCACUCGGGACGCAAGCUCACAUGGCUCUGGAACUACUCGAAGAACGAGCUCCGAACCAAUUAUCUGAACCAGAAGUACAUCCUCAUGACGAGUUCAUGGCAGAUGGCAGUACUUCUCCAGUACAACAAUAACGAUACGCUCUCGCUCGACGAGCUGAUCAACGCCACGGCGAUCAGCAAGGAUAUCCUCAAGCAGGUCCUUGCCGUGCUCGUGAAGGCGAAGAUCCUCAUCAACGAGGAGACGGAGCAGUACGACCUGAAUCCCAACUUCAAGUCGAAGAAGAUCCGUAUCAAUCUCAACACGCCUAUCAAGGCGGAGCAGAAGGCGGAGUCAACCGAUGUCCUGAAGACAGUCGACGAGGAUCGCAAGUACGUUAUCCAAGCGACCAUCGUCCGUAUAAUGAAGGCACGCAAGACGAUGAAGAACCAGGCCCUCAUUCAGGAAGUCAUUCAGCAGAUUUCUCAGCGAUUCACACCGAAGAUCCCUGACAUCAAGAAGGCCAUCGACCACCUGCUCGAGAAGGAGUACAUCGAGCGUGUAGAAGGCACUCGCGACACGUUCGCGUACGUUGCGUAA